AUGGAUCAGCAACCCAAAACACCGUCUCGACCGAGCGGGAUUCCUCGGCUAGUUUCCAGAAUUCCCCUACCAACAUCAACCGCCACACUCUCCCUCAGACCCUCGCCAUCCCGCGAGAGACUGCGCGCUGAUCCUGGCCUGAACGCCGCCAAACUCCGGCGACCCUCGGAAGAACCAGAGUUCAAAAAGCCGCCCCCCCCAGCGGCGCCUCCAAAAAAGCUUCAGAAUGGCUAUCCGCAAAAGCGAGUUGUUUCCAAGGCCGGAACAAGUGAUGGGGGAGGUUCGGAUAACGAGAAAUUUUUGGACAUGGAGCCCAAUUUUGAAGUCGAUACGCUAUCGCAGGAUACCGAAUCGCGGGGUCGCACACGACCGUCGCUGUCAGAGCGCACAAUUGAAACCCUUUCUCAAAUCCCACCCUCUCCUGCCUCCUCCAGAAGGCCAUCAAAUAUCUUCAAUCCAACUAGCCCAAUGCGAUCACCAUCCCGCCCACCGUCUUCCAUGACUAGUUACUCAAGGUCACCCUCCAGAUCUUCCACCUCGCGUCAACUGAGUGGAAAUGACUUUCUAUCGGGCCCACCGUCCAACUUACGACUGCCGUCAAGGCCUCGCCCGCCAUUACCUACAAAUGGUUCCACCAGCGACCACAAUCUUGUAGCUCCUGUCGAUACCCCCCCGAAGACAACAAAACCCGUGGCAAGACGAAGCAUCCUUGGAGGCGCAGGUCUAGCACAGGCAGCCGCAGAACCUCGCAUGGCACUGAGUAAAGGACCGAAGCCAGCUGAAGCGGAUGCCGUACUUUCACCACCGGCUCUCCAGGUGAAGAAAACUCGAAAGAUUCAGCCAAAGUCAUCAUAUUCGAGGCUCAAUUCAACGGCUUCGAUAUCAUCUGCAGCCAAUUAUACGUCGCCAGAUGUAUCUUCUGAACUACAGCCGGAGCAGGAGUCUAAAAAGACAUCUAAAUCGUCGAGUGCUUUGAGGGAGAGUAUCGCCAAGGCGAAAGCAGCACGAAAGGCAGCAGUACAGAAAGGGCCUCAGAAAUCGACCCCCGAUAUGUGGGCAGAGACUGAUAUUCAAGACCCAUUCAACCAGCGUCCACGGGAUCAAAACAGUGGUUUACUUCGAAAGAGACUGGAUGCCGGCCGCACCUCGGGCCACCUCAAUAUUGCAGCCAUGUCAUUGACCGCAUUCCCUGACGAGGUUUUGAAAAUGUACGAUUUCGACCCCAAUGCGACUACUGACUGGUACGAGAGUGUGGAUUUGGUCAAGUUCAUUGCUGCAGAUAACGAGUUCACGGAACUUCCAGAUGCGGCCUUCCCAGAUAUUGACUCGGAAAUGGACAUUGACGCAGAAGAGCAAGGAAACCAGUUUGGCGGUCUAGAGUCCUUAGACCUACAUGGAAACCUGCUACAGAGCCUCCCGAUAGGUUUCAGAAGGCUGCAACGGCUUCACACGUUGAACCUCUCUAACAACAAACUAAGUAUGGACAGUAUACACGUGGUUCUGGAACUGGCGGGCCUACGGGACUUAAGACUUGCGAAGAAUGGUCUAGCAGGCUCUUUUCUUCACGAUAUUGGUCGACUUGGCAAUCUUGAAGUUCUUGAUCUUCAUGAAAACUCCCUCACUGAUCUCCCCGACACACUUGCAGAUUUGAGCUGCCUUCGGGUUCUUAAUGUUGGACAUAACCAGCUAUUAUCCCUGCCGUUCGAAUUAAUAAGCACUCUCCCUCUGAAGGAAAUUAUUGCUCCUAAAAACAAGCUACAGGGCACCCUGAUUCCCGCCUCUGUACACAAACUCGAUGCAUUGCAAAAUCUGGAUGUCGUUGGCAACGCGCUCACGAAACUUUCCGAGAACGAAAGUUUGACGUUGCCUGGGCUACAGACGUUAGCCAUCAGUAUGAACCGUAUUCAGAGUUUGCCUGAUGUCUCAUCCUGGCAGGCGCUUCUGACCCUAUCAGCGGAGGAUAAUAGGAUAUCGGACCUCCCGCAAGGAUUCUCGGAUUUGAAGAAUGUUAAAAACGUCGAUUUUACGGGAAAUGACAUCUCCAAACUGGACGAGAGGAUUGGGAUGAUGGAAAACCUCUUUACUUUUCGAAUAAGCAACAACCCUCUUCGCGAGCGCAAGUUCCUCAACAUGACCGUUGAGGACAUGAAGCGCGAUCUGAGAAGCCGAUGCGAGCCAGAGCCUCAUGAAACAGACGACGAGGAAGGUUCCGUCGCGACGCAGUUCACGCUUGCGCCAGAGACGCCAGCCCAGACGUCUGGCUGGCAGCUCAAACCCGGAGGCGUACUUGAUCGAUCAUAUACCGAGAUGCAAGAUCUAGAGGUUGAAAAGUUGGAAAAUAUUAACUCGAGCGAUGUUAGAUAUUUGUAUCUGCAGCACAAUAUUUUGCGCUCUUUUCCUGUUCAAGCGCUUGGCAUGCUUGCCUCCCAUCUGACAGACCUCGACCUAUCGCAUAACCCACUGGACAGCUUGUCACUUUUCACCUCCUCAUUGGAGCUACCGAGCCUUCAGACGCUCAAUAUAAGCUCUACAGGCCUAACUAGCAUUGAACCGCUUAUGGCCAGCCUGAAAGCACCGUCGCUUACUUUUCUUGAUGCGUCGUCUAAUAGUCUCUCUGGAUCUCUUCCGUAUAUUCGGCAAGUGUACCCAAAGCUCACGACAUUUCUUGCUGCAGAAAACCAAUUUGACAGCUUGGAUUUCGAAAGUGCACAGGGGCUUCAGGUGCUUGAUGUAGGAAACAAUAAUAUCGGCUCUCUUCCACCUAAAAUUGGCUUACUGCGGGCUGAAGGUAACAGUGCAAAUUGGGGCGGGGGCUCAGCUCUAAGGAGGUUCGAGGUCGCCGGUAAUAGCUUCCGGGUUCCCCGAUGGCAGAUUGUCGCUAAGGGAACCGAUGCUGUCCUUGAAUGGUUAAAGGAUCGGAUGCCUGAAGAAGAGUUGUAUGAAUAUGAAUCGGGGGGCGAGGGGAGCUGA